GAUGGUGGGUCUCUGGACCAAGUGCUGAAGGAAGCUGGUAGAAUUCCAGAGGAAAUCCUGGGAAAAGUCAGCAUAGCGGUCCUAAGAGGUUUGGCAUAUUUAAGAGAGAAGCAUCAAAUCAUGCACAGAGAUGUGAAACCAUCCAACAUCUUGGUAAAUUCUCGUGGUGAGAUAAAACUCUGUGAUUUUGGAGUAAGUGGUCAGCUGAUUGACUCAAUGGCAAACUCCUUUGUGGGAACUCGCUCUUACAUGUCUCCAGAGAGAUUGCAAGGUACCCAUUACUCUGUGCAGUCUGAUAUCUGGAGUAUGGGGCUUUCCUUGGUAGAGCUGGCAAUUGGUAGAUAUCCCAUUCCCCCUCCUGAUGGGAGGGAGCUGGAGGCCAUCUUUCAGUGCCCGUUGAUGGAUGGAGGAGGAGAAUCGCACAACACUUCACCCAGGGCUAGACCCCCAGGGCGACCCAUCAGUGGUAAGACAUAAAUGACUGUUGUUUAU